AAGCUGAUGCUUACAUGUGUUACAGGCCGAUGCUUACAUGUGUUACAAGCUGAUGCUUACAUGUGUAACAAGCUGAUGCUUACAUGUGUUACAGGCCGAUGCUUACAUGUGUUACAAGCUGAUGCUUACAUGUGUUACAAGCCGAUGCUUACAUUUGUUACAGGUCGAUACUUACAUGUGUUACAAGCUGAUGCUUACAUGUGUUACAGGCCGAUGCUUACAUUUGUUACAGGUCGAUACUUACAUGUGUUACAGACCGAUAUUUACAAUGGGUUACAGGUCGAUGCUUACAUGUGUUACAGGCAAAUGCUUACAUGUGUUACAGGUCGAUACUUACAUGUGUUACAGACCGAUAUUUACAAUGGGUUACAGGUCGAUGCUUACAUGUGUUACAGGUCGAUGCUUACAUGUGUUACAGACAGAUGCUUACAUGUGUUACAGGCCGAUGCUUACAUGUGUUACAGACCGAUGCUUACAUGUGUUACAGACCGAUGCUUACAUGUGUCACAGGCCGAUGCUUUCAUGUGUUAUAAGCUAAUGCUUACAUGUGUUACAGGCCGAUGCUUACAUGUGUUACAAGCCGAUGUUUACAUGUGUUACAAGCCGAUGCUUACAUGUGUUACAAGCUGAUGCUUACAUGUGUUACAGGCCGAUGCUUACAUGUGUUACAGGUCGAUACUUACAUGAAUUACAGACCGAUAUUUACAAUGGGUUACAGGUCGAUGCUUACAUGUGUUACAGACCGAUGCUUACGUGUGUUACAGGCCGAUGCUUACAUGGGUUACAGGCCGAUGCUUUCAUAUGUUACAAGCCGAUGCUUACAUGUGUUACAAGCUGAUGCUUACAUGUAUUACAGACCGAUGCUUACGUGUGUUAAAGGCCGAUGCUUACAUGUGUUACAGGCAGAUGCUUACAUGUGUUCCAGUUUCAAUGUAGCUAACUGUCCUGAGGACACCUACAUAGUCAAAUUUGAGGCGUUGACAAGUGGCAGUGUUGCUCACCACAUCUCUCUCAAAGCGUGUAAUGGAAAACCCCUUGGACAGACCGAUGUAUGGAACUGCAGGGGAGACAAAUGCAGGUCCGGGCAACGUAAAUACCUGUAUGCCUGGGCCAAACACGCCACAUCGACAAGUUUACCGAAAGGUGUUGGAUUCAGAAUUGGUAAAGGAUCGACGAUCACAACGCUUAUACUGCAGAUUCACUACAAACAUGGGUUUACCGAUUCUACAAAAAAGGAUUAUUCGGGAAUACGGCUGACCGUUUCAACUAAAAGGGAAUUAUAUUCUGCCGGAAUGGAAGUGAUGUACCUCAAUGGAUUUCGAAUACCACCGCAAACACCAAAGGUCCUCGUGAACAUCAGCUGUUCCUACACGGGGGACACGCCCAUCUACCCAUUUGCCUUCAGAACCCAUGCCCACAACCUGGGAAGGGCAAUAACAAGUUAUUUGUACAACGGAUCCUGGUAUGAAAUCGGCAAGGGAAAUCCAAUGUGGCCUCAGGUUUUCUACCCCGUGCAAAGAAACAUCGUCAUAAAGCCUGGGGAUAAGUUGGUGGCAAGAUGUCUCUUCGACUCAACGGAUAGAAACCGGUCCACAUAUGCAGGAUACGCAGACAGUGACGAGAUGUGCAACUUCAUCAUCAUGUUUAAAGCGGAAGCCAACACUAAAAGUCUUUUCCCUUUUUGCGGGGGAAACACGUAUCCCGACCUUGUGAGAAAACUACCCCCUGACUCGGCCGUCCCCUUGCCCCGGAACCCCCUCCUGGAGGAGGAAGCACAGGGUCACGACCACCAUCACAUCCACGUGCCUCCCCCCGACAAUGAAAGUACCGCAGGAAACCGUUCUGCAGUCGACGCUGAACUCUCGCACGUGGCUGAGAACAGAUCAAGGGAGACAACUGAGGACGGAAUGGACACUAUCUUGACGGAUGUCUUUAUCAUAUCUGGGAUGAUGCUGGUUCUUGGGUUCGCUGUCGUUCUCGCUAUAUAUCAGUCAGGAAAAAUUUCGAAGUUCUGUACCAAGACACGACUGCAUCUUCCCAGUUUUCUUGGCAACACAUACAGAGGAUUUGAUCGCUUGGACACAGAGGAGAAAGAUUAACGAAUAGUAAAAGUUUUUUGUUUGUUGGUUCAUGCCGCACAAUGUGUUCAUAAGUCCCGCUGAGUAUGAAGUAUGUCAUAUAUGUGACAAUACCAGUAAACUGUGGGUAAUUCUUACGUUUGUACAAGUACAGGUGACAUAAAGAUGUAGUCCUUAAUUGUUGCUUUGGAAAUGUAAACAUAGGAGCUUCUGACAUACUAAAGGUCAUUUCAGCGGUAAGCUUCCAAGCUCCACAAUGACACACACUUAGUUCAGUUCACCGCCUGAAUGACGUGAAUGAAUUAAAUGCUUUAUUGCAUUUAUUGCAUAGUUUUAUUGUUCAUGACCACAAGGAAGAUAUGCAAAAUACAAAUGUCAAAACAUUGAUUGUUUAUCCUCUUUGUGUUCCGUAUUACGUCAUCAAUAGUCAGGGGAGGUAAGCUGGUGUAUAUAGCAGUGGCGCGUCACGCUGAAGUCCAAGGCUUGAUUCCCCACAUAGGGACACUGGGUGAUGGAUGCUGUUGGAGUACCCCGCCGCCAUAUUGCGCAAACAUGCACUCACUCACUCACUCACUCACUCACUGAUAGUGCACGUGCACCUGAGUCUGUCCGGACACAUUCAAUCUGCAGCUGUAGUUGUAGUGCAGUUUUUUGGAAAAUUUGAGAUAAUUUGAAACAAUUUGAGAUCAUAUUCCUUACUUACUUACUUAUAUUGGAGAUUUAACGUACGCUUUCCGACAGCAAGCGUAUGUCGCACACGGUCCUUAUACGGUAUAUAUAUUAUUUGUAUUACCAAAUAACAAAGCACACAUGGACAUGUAAUAUCGUUAUUUAAUCUCUUCAGCGAUAAACCGAUAUAUAAAUAAUCCCUAUUCCGGUAUAUCUAUUAUUUAUAUAUCGGUAUAUCGCUGAAGAGAUUAAAUAACGGUAUUACAUGUCCAUGUGUGCUUUGUUAUUUGGUAAUACAAACGAAUUCAUAUAACAAAUGUUAUUCAUGUAUACAUGUUAAAAUAAAAAUCAUUCUAUUUUCUA